CGUCGCGGGCGGGCGGUUCCGGCGGAGCCGCGUGUGACCUUUGCCGUCCCCGAUGCUGCCGGCGGCCGCUCGCGCCCUGGGGGGGCCCUGCCGCCCCCGCCCCCUCCCCCUCCCCAGGGUCUGCGCCGUGCGGCCGAUGAGGGGCAGCGGGCGGAGGCGGGGCGAGGCGCUGGCCGGGGCGCCCCUCGACGACGCCCCCAAGGACUACCCGCCCAAGAUCCGCCGGCUCGUCCACGACAUCGCCGGCCUCACGCUGCUCGAGAUCGCCGACCUCAACGAGUUAUUAAAGAAAACCCUGAAGAUCCAGGACGUGGGGCCGGUGCCCGCGGCGGGGGCCGCGGCCGCCCGGGUGCCCCCCGAGGCGGCCGAGGAGGAAGCGGCGCCCGAGCCCAAGGAGCGGACCCACUUCACCGUCCGGCUGACCGAGGCCAAGCCCGUGGACAAAGUCAAGCUCAUCAAGGAAGUGAAGAGCCACAUCCAAGGCAUCAACCUGGUCCAGGCCAAGAAGCUGGUGGAGUCCCUGCCCCGGGAGAUCCGGGCCAACGUCGCCAAGGCGGAGGCGGAGAAGAUGAAGGCGGCCCUGGAGGCGGCCGGCGGCACCGUGGUGCUGGAGUAGGAGCCGCGCGCGGGCCCCGGACGGACCGACGGAGAGGGGCUCGGCCCGGCCCACCCCCCCCGAAGACGGGACCCCGCCCCCGCCCGCCCCGCGGG